AUGCCACCUCAAAUUCCAAUCUCAGUUUCUCGGAUCCAAUGGCAUCGAAUCCUCCAACCGGGGUUUUUCUCACGCGCAGGCUCCACAGUGGCCGGGAUCCAUCGCAUCGAGUACAAGUGGAUCAAAGGUGUGGAGAAACUCGAAAACUACCAGCCUGGGGGAUAUCAUCCCAUCAUGGUUGGCGACCUCUUACAUGACCGAUAUCACAUUGCCGACAAACUUGGAUAUGGGGGCUAUUCGACUGUUUGGCUUGCUCUAGACACCCAUCUGAAGCGAUAUGUUGCCCUCAAGGUCAACGCCACAGACUCGCUUUCGAGUGAGACUGCUGUCCUCAAGGCUUUAUCCGCUUCCCUCCCACCAUCAGCAGCUGUGCAUCCCGGACGUGGCUUAGUGCCUGUGCUUCUAGAUGAGUUCGAAGUGCAAGGCCCCAAUGGAAACCACACGUGCUACACGGUAACCCCUGCUCGAUGCAAUCUGCGCGAGAUCUCCUUCAGCCGUCUUUUCCCCCUCGAUGUUGCGCGAGCUUUGGCGUAUGGGCUUACGCUGGCUGUUGCAUAUACACACUCACAAGGCUAUGUUCAUGGAGGUUCGUCCACCCCAGCCAAAGCAUUCAUUCCGCUGUUCCUAGGCAAAUACGCAGAGCACUUCUCUAUAUCCGAUGCCCAGCCCCUCCUCACUGACCUUGGCGAAGCAUUCGCCCCGGCUUCAGAAGUACGUCUUGGGCAAGACUGCCAUACGCCACCCGCGUUCCGGGCGCCAGAAGCCAAGUUCGAACCACAGAGUCCACUUGGCUACCCUUCGGACAUUUGGAGUCUGUCUACCGCAAUCUGGGAGAUCGUCGGUAUGAAGGCCAUUUUCAGCACUGAUAUCGUACCUGAGGAUGAGAUUACGGCCCAGCAAAUUGAUGUGCUGGAGCCUAUGCCUGCAGAUUGGUGGCGGCGUUGGAAGGGACGGUCGAGUUUCUUCGAGGCGGAUGGUUGUCCUACGGAAUCCUACAAGGGAAAUCGAUGGCCUGCGCUCCAGGAGUCAUUUGAGGUGGGUGUUCAGAAAUGGAGACGAAAGGUGGGAGACGAGAUCGGCGAGGAUGAGAAGACUGCGCUUCUGGAUUUAAUGCGGCGGAUGCUGGCUUUUCGGCCGGAGGAGCGGUUGACCGUCGACGAGGUGCUGGAGUCAGAGUGGAUGGUGAGAUGGGCUUUGCCUGAGUAUAAGCGGAAUCAACAGUGUGCGACCUGA